GUAUAUUUAUCGUGCGUACAGCGACACUAAAGCUAAGAAAGAAAUUCAAGCAAAAUUAGAAUAGAAACCGCCGUCAAAAGUAGUUUAAGGUCCUUUUUUGUGUGUUCCCGAGUCGAGUCAGCGUAGGUUAAUUAGAGUAAAAUGGAGAUAGAAAAAUUAAUCGGAAAAUUGGAUGUCGGUCAAAAGAUAAUUCUCAAGCUGCAGGACAAAAUUAUCGUCGGCGAGUUAAGUUUCAAGAAGAUUCCGAGUCAUGUUCGGGUCAAAGAUUGCACGGAUUACGAAACAAACGAAAAGUUGGGUUCCAAUAAUGUUUAUUACAUGAACGAAAUUCGCGAUAUUCGUGUAAUGGGCAGCAAGGAAACACGUGAUGACGAGCAGUGUCAGCAAAAAAUCGAAGAAAUUGAAGUCAAGCAGACCAAAGAUGCGCUCCAGACCAAAUUGAGUGAGGAAAGGUACAAAAAUAUCCGUGCAACGUUGGAUUCUCGCAUUUUUAUCGAGCGUUAUGAUGUCAAAUAUUUCGAUGCAUGUCGCGAUUUGAUGAAACAACGACAAAUAGGCGUCUGUUUGGAGGAUGUGCGAUAUGGGCGUCGCUCAAAAGCUUCCGUACUUGCUGUUGCCACGAACGAAAAAGUCUAUGUCUUCGAUUUGUUGAUGCUUGAUGGCAUUAAGAAGGAAUUGAAAGGUGUUUUUGAAUCCAGCAGCAUUUGUAAAGUUAUUCAUUAUUCGAAAAUGACCCAAGAUUAUCUCAAAAAUCGAUGCAACAUCAAAGUUCGUCUUAUUUUUGACACAAUGAUGGCAUAUUUCUACAUUUCCGGCAACCGUGAAGCCCUAACAGUCGCUGAGCUCAUCUCAAAAUUAUUUAAUCUGCCAUACAUCGAGCCUUCGAAGAAUUUAUCAUGGAAUUUGCGGCCUAUCAAGGAAGAAAUCAUCAGUCAAGCUGCUUUUUCAGUCGGAUUUCUGAUUGAAAUUCAGCAAUAUUUGAUGCACAAACAUCUCUUGAAGAACUUUUAUCGCGAUUCAAUGGCUGCAAUGCAAUUUUCAUGUAACGAUAAUGACUUUCCUUAUACGGUGAAACUAGUCAAAGGCAAGGAAGUGAUAAAAAAUCUUCGUGAUCCAUCGAUUGAAGACGAAGCUCCCGUUGAUUUGCGAGAAAUCAAGAAAAAUGAAGAGAAAAACGACACUGACACCUCCAAAUAACUUAAUUUUUUUUGUUCCUUGCGCAUUUUCCUAUCUCCAGAUUAUUAAGUAUAAAUUUACUUAAAAUUUUCAUUUAUUUUUUUUUAAGAGAGAGUCUAACUAAUUGUAAAAAUAAAUUUUCUUUGAUACAU